GCUUCUUCAACUGCAUACUCCUAAACCCUCCUCUGUUCUCUUCUUCCCUCGACAUGGGGAGAAUCUAAGAUAGGUUAAACUCUCCUUUUUCUUCUUGUUCCUUCUGCUUUUUUCUCUAGUUGAUCGUUUCAUGGCCCAAGCGGACAAUUUGUUUGCCCUGUUGGGCAAUGAAGAAUCCGACGAUGUGUCACAACUGAUCGACCGCGUAAAGGAGGAGAAUGAGCUUUCUUCUUCGGGGAAGAAAGUGGAGAAAGCAAAGAAGGAAGAGAAGAAGAAAUCCGUACGGGCUCCGGUUAAUAUGAGGGCCAAACGCAUCAUUCUUCCCUACCAGGAGAGGAGAUCCAAUAUUGUAUUUAAGAAAGAGAAACUGGAGCCUGAAGACAAAUCCAGUGGUUCGAGUGAGAGCAACGUUCCAGAUAACAGUAAUGGAGGGGAGGGGGUUGUGUUUUCUCAGCCUGCCUCUGCUAAGGGCAAGUUGACAAUAUUGGAGAAAGGUGGUUUUAGUGUUUCAGAUAUUAGUAAUGUAGCUGGCACUGUUGAUUCUCAGCCUGCUUAUGCCGACGGAAAUAGCAAUCAGGGUGGUUAUAGACGGGUAGACAGGUAUAAUGGGAAUGGUGAUGGUAACGUUAGUCAGAGAAAUAAUGGAGAAGCUAAUGGCUUUUUGCAAAAUCAUGAUGGUAAUUAUAGAGGUUUUAAUGGCAAUCAUAGGAACAAUAGGAGAAACAAUGUGAAAAAUGGUUAUCAGGCUAAGAAAGAAGUUUGGGGUAGAUAUGUAGAUGAAGAAGGUUGGGAACAUUGGGGGCGUAAAAGAUUGGACACCCAGCCACAGUUCUCAAACCAGAAAGAAGAUGGUGGUGCUGACAAUAAGGUAGAGGAUACUAAUUCUGAGAGGAAUAACACGGAUGAAAAGGAUGCUAACAAACAUGUUGUGGAUGAAAAAGAAUCUGUAAAAUCUGUAAAUGGUGGGAAUGAAGAUGACACAGCUGAAAAGGUGAUCCUUGAUGAGGAGCAGGCCGUCCAGAGUGAGAGUGGUGCUAAAGAAGAAGAAAAUGGUAGUGUUUCUGAGAAGAAAUCCAAAAACAAGAAAAAGGUUCAAGUUCUAUCUGCAGAGGAGGCUGAAAAGAAGAGGAGACAAGAGGCUGCAAAGAGAUGGGAAGAGGAAAGAAAGUUGAAGACGCUUCAACAAUAUGAGAGAGCCCAGCUUGAAAAGAGGAAGGCUUUGGAAGGUCUUAUGAGGGCUGAACAGAGGAAAGUUGAAAUAGAUAAAGAAUUUGAGUCUAUGCAAAUUGUUGGGAAGAACAAAGAGGACGUCCAAAUGAAAAAUAACCCUGAUCAGAAGGAAGAGCAGAAAUCUGAGUUGAAGCUUAAGAAGAAAGAUGACCAUGGCAAGACGAUGAGCAUUGAUGAAUUCAAUAAAUUUGCUGAGAGCCAGAAGAAGGGGAUGAGGCAUAGCGGUUCAAGGAACUACCACAAUAGGCAGAAUGGAGAGUUUAAUGGCAGGCCUAAUGGUGAGAGGAACUACAAUACUCAGAAUGGAGGGAAGUUUAACGGCAGGCAUAAUGGUAAAAGGAACUAUGAUAGGCAGAAUGGAGACAGGAACUACAAUAGGCAGAACAUGGAGAAGCUUAAUGGUGAAAGGAACUACAAUAGGCAGAAUGGAGACAAGUUUAAUGGCAGGCCAACUGGUGAGAGGAACAAUAAUGGUCAGAAUUUGGAGAAGCUUACUGGCAAGCCUAACAGUGAGAGGAACAAAAAUUGGCAGAACGGUGAGAAACUUGAUGUCCAGAAUGAUGCAACUGUUCCUGCUACUCCUGCUGCAGCUCCUGUCAACAUUAUGGAUGAAAAGUUGUUUCCUGCCUUAACAUCAAAACAUUAAGACAAAUAAACUUACAAUUUUUGUUUCAAUCUGUAAUUCUGAAGAGAUUAUUAUGACACUAAUAUUUCCCGUGCUUUUUAAAUCCAUCCUUAUUUUCUUUUAUGAUGGUUGCUUCUGUGCUUGUUUAGAGUUUUUGUUCAUUGUGUGAAGCUGUCCGUGGGUUUGGAGCUAUGUUCUAUUGUUAUUUUUUAUCACUUCUGCAUAUUUGUGCGCUAUUUUGGAAUCAAAAGAAUGCCAAAAGAGAUUUUGUUACAUGUACAGCUCCUUCUGGGAGAUAAAUGGUCAGGAAAUAACAACACACAUUGGUUAUACUAAUGCAGUACUAUCUAAAAGCAGCUUUUGGGUUCAAUAUAAAUAAGUUUUCAGA